UCUCUUGACCUUCUCCCCAUACCCGCACUAGGGUAGUAUUUACGUCCACUAUUUUUCACUUUUUGCCGGUAAUUUAACCGUACUCUAAUCGUUGUCACUGUCCCGCGUUUCUAAGUGCACACAUUGCCGAUUACACAAGAUGGCUGCAUUCUCACCAGUCAGCGCCCUCAUCGCUCUGUCCAUUCUAUGCUCGAUGGUCAACGCCCAGCAGUUCCAGUUCAGCCGGCUGUGGCAUCCGGGCAAACGGGCCUUCGACUACUCCAACCCAUACUUCACCUCCUGGUCACCUUUCUCCGGAUUGGCCGGCGGAAUGCGCCUGCUGAGUGUCCGCCAACCCGAUGCGGCCAUUCGCAACGCCGAUGCCGAUUAUGUCAUGGAGGACAAUGGAAACUUCCUGUAUCCGGAAGUGGCCACGUUCUCCACGGAGCCGGUUCAGACCAUCACGCAGCCGGUGGAGGCACCGGUAAAACUCAACCCGGCACACCGCUUCUAGCGUCCGGAUCGGCCAUACAGACCCGAAUGUCGUUGGUUCCAUCAAGCGCCGCCAAGAACAAGGACGCCAAAGUGUAAAUCCCCGGGUUUAUUCCGGCAUCUUUUAUUACGCAAGCUGAUACGGAUAGUUUUAAUAUUCUCGCGUAUAACGUAAUUCAUGAGAUUUGAUUCCAGCAAAUAAAUUUAUCACUGCAUUACUUUACUUAACAUAAAUUUGCUUGCUCAUAUAAUACUUAAUAUAAUUAUUGUAUAUGCCACCAGACAGGAUAUGGUAAUAAGUAAUAACUAUUAUUAAUACAGCCAGCUCUGCAUUAUUAUUCUCUUAAUUACUUUACUUAAACCUUUUCACUUCAAACCCGUAGAAGUAAUGAUUUUCCAAAACAUAUCAUCACCAGAAGAAUAUAUUGAACCGAGUGAGUAGUUUGGUAUGCAGUGAUAAAUUACAGCGCAAUCUUCGUUUUCUGUGGCUCAACCGUAAGAAUUAUAAUAACUACGCAUGCAUCUUGGACCAGGUUCUUUUAAGACUUAUUAUUUUAAGUUAUGGUAAGCAUGCGCGUUAUGCAUUUCACGCAUACAUAAUGCCGUUGAUUUUCCUUUUCCACUCUCGAGAUAGUGAAGCUAUCGCUCAUGAAUAUUACCAAAUUUGGCACAUGUAUGUUAAGAUUGUUAGCUAAAGAUUUUGUUGACAAUUAAUGGUAAUAAAAAAUGCAAAAUUUAUGUUCCUGUAACAGCUAAGAAAUCACGUGCAAAACUA